AUGUCCCUCCAUCUCCCCAUCCGCCACACCUCCAUCACAGCCCUCUCCAAUCCCAGCAGAACAACCUUCAUCUGCACACAAUGCAGACACGCAACUCUCCUUCGACGACCUAAGCGGCCAUACACCUUUACACAGCUGAUAACCCUCUCGGACGGCAGUACCUUCACUCACCGCACCACCUCCCCGCUAGCCGUCUACCGCUCCACGCGAGACACGCGCAACGCACCACUAUGGAAUCCAUCGAGCGAGAAGCUGCGAAAUGUUGAGGAGGACGAGGCUGGGCGGUUGGCGGCGUUUAGAAGCAAGUUCGGUCGGAGUUGGGAUACGGUGAAUACGGUCGUUGCGGAGACAGUUGCUGGCGCUGGAGGGGAUUCUUCGAAGCAGGGCAGGGUUGAGAAGGUUGAGGAGGGCGCCGUGGAGUUUGAGUUUGAGGAGAAUGAGGAGGAGGAUAAUUUGCUGGAUUUGAUUACUUCGUUUGGACAGGAGGACGGGGGUGAGGGGGCUCAGCAGGAGAAGGAGAAGGGGAAAGGGAAGAAAUAA